AUGACACCGUGCCAAAUCUUAGGGGUACGGCGUCAGGGUUCAGGGUUUACGACUUUAGGGUUCCCCGGGGUAGCGCGGCCAUCUCCCCUCCCCCUAUCUAUCCCUCCCUCCCUGCAUCGGACAAAAGACUCUUGCGUGGUCCGUGAAGGCUCUUUGUGCCUGGUGUGCGUUAUCCGAUAUCUCGCUUGACCACUGUGUUCCGCAACUAUACACGUGCCAAAUCGUUAGGGUACGCAGGGUUCAGGGUUUACGGCUUAGGGUUCUGCGCGGGCUGACGUUUCCAUUGAGAGAGAGGACAAGAGGCAUUUCUCUCUCCGCUGUCUAUCGAAAGCACUCAACCUCUGCAGCUGGGUACCAAGAUCUGAUCCUCUGUUGGUCUCUCUGCACAGCAUGGGCAACCAAGGCGGCGAAGCUUCAGCCUGGCUGAACGGCAGAUCCAGGACGACUCGGAGCUCGGCAUCGAUGCAGCCAUCACGGCUUUGUCGUUGCCCGGCUGGCUGCCGGAUGUUGCUCUCGACAGCGCCCUCAAGACGCUCGCACAAGAGGCGAAAGGUCCAAGGGCGAAGCUCGUGCUCGAGCGGAAGUACAGCUGGCACCUGCUGCGGCGGCUAUUCGAUUCCUUCACUGACGUCGGCAAUAAGGGACGUCAGCAGAUGGCAGCUGGCUGCUUCAGCAGCUGUGGCCACGGGGCCGUCCCGGCCAAGAUCAUCAGCGAGAUGAGCGCGAACGAUGUUUGGCCUCCGCCGAGUGCAUCGAUCACCGCCUUAGCCUCUGUGCUCGCUGACUGCAACGAUGACGACAGCAAGGAGACCGCCUUCCUUAUGCUGCACGGCCUCAUGAUGGAUGGGCAGCACCACGGCAAUCUAGCAGACUAUCGAGAGUGUCUGGUGCAGCAGCAUCCAGCCGUCCUCGACAGCGCCCUCGUGUACGUGGAGAGGAUGAACUCCAAAGACGACAACGGCCUCCACGCCCUGGGCUUCCUCAUGACUGCUUUCGACACCGAUCCGCCGGCUGCCAUGCCGACCUCGGUGUGGCUGGGACUAUUCCGUGGUGCCGUCCGGAUUGCGACACAUGUGGACUCGGCGCUUCGGGAGUUCAUGUGAGUUGCAGUGGCAGCGCACACGAGAGAUAGACAGAGUGUCGUUGUCGUGGUGUCAUUUCUGCGCGUUCGUCCUUUUGUCUUCAGGCACAGUAAUGUUGUGGCAAUCAUGAAACUGGUCGCAUCGAACACAGAAUACGUUUUGGCCGGUAAGCUUGAAGACAUCAAGGAGAUGUAAUUUUGAGUAUCCCUCACACCGUUGCUGUCUUUGCUUGUGGUGCGUUUGUGCAGAGGCGGGGGACCGCGAUGAGCUGUACCGGGGAGGCUGCAUCUCAGUAGUGUCAAGGCUCGCGGGGCACAUCAGCAUGGGACCUUCAGACGAAGAGAACGUGGCCUUCUGUGCAAGGCAUGUGCCGACGAUCGUCGGGGAGGACACCGACCUUGGCCCGCACUCCGACCGAGCAAAGGUCAAGCUGACAUCUGAUUCCACACAUGUAUCGGCACAAACAAAAGACACUUUCUGUUGUGUGUGUCCUCUGCGUGCAUGCAGAUAGCCGUGCGGGAUGGCCUCCCCGUGGCUCUCUGUCAGCUGACCCUCGCAUGUAUCAGGCACCACAUCAGCCAGCAGCAGGUGGAUACCUUCAUCGCCUUCGCCAUCAGCAUUCUCCGUGCCCUCGUGAGGUACGCAUCAUACACAUGUUCACACGCCGCCGUCUUCAUCCGAUGUUUCUGAGUAUGCAGUUAUGGCGAUCGCGUGAGCAGCUGGCGCGGCACGUUCCGGCCGAACAGUGUCACGCGAAGCAUCCUACAGCACGACUCCGUCAAGACGAUGCGCGCGGCCGAGGGGCAUUUAUCCAGGAAAAAGGGGCAGAAGCAGCAGCUGACGGUGCCGAAGGAGGUGAGGAGCAAACACGCAGAAAUGAUUCUCCAUGCUGGGGCCUACGUGCGUGUGUAUCUGUGUCUUGUGUGUGUCAGCUGUUGGAUCUCUUCGCUGAGAUCGAGAGUGCGGCAAACGAGCGGGCCGAUGCACAGCUGGCGGCCGAGAUGGGCAUCGAGGACACCCAUGGCGGCGGCAAAAAGACUGGCACUAAGGGCGUCAAGGGCAGCAAGAAAGUGGCCAAAGCGGCCACCAGCACAGAGGCCAUCGACACGAAAGAGACGUCAGCACCAAGGUGAGAGAGACCACACAGGCGCUCUCUCACCUCGUUUUGCUGACGGGUGUCCUUAUCUCUGCUGGUCGACACACAGUGCUGCCGCCAUCAACGACACAUCGGAAGACCACAGCCAUCAGGAGCACGAGGAGGACACGGAGAAAGAGCAUCAUGACCUGCCUGCCUCCGCCAGUCCGUCACCUCCCUCACCUCACCGACCCUCAAGCUCGGCUGGCGCCCCCUCUGUGUCGGUGGGAGGCGGCCAUGGGCAGCAGCAGCAAGGGCCGGCUGAUGGCGGAGAGAAUGACAUCGGUGGGGGCUUCAUCACGGUCGGCCGCAAGAACAAGAGCAAGAAGGGCAGGAGCAACAAAUCGCCGCCACCACCACAGGGCGGCUAUGCGCAACAGCAGCAGCGGCAGCAGCAGCAGGCCAACACAGCAAACACAGCCGUCGCUCCAUCUUCGUCCGCAUCCACUCACCAGCCCUCAUCUCACUCGUCGGUGCCUGAUGGCGGCCCACGCAAUGAGGCGCCGCAGCUGCCCUUUCCCCUGCCCCCUCGCCCGCCAUUCCCGCCACCACAGGCGCCACCCCCACCAACACCCCCACCAGUACCAGCACCACUGCUAGGGAUGGGUGAUGGUGUGCAGGGUUCGCAGGGGGCGGUGGGAGUGAGUGAGGACGCAACGAGUGAGGUGGCGGCUUUGCGCAGGCAGCUCGAGGCACUGCGCAUCGAGAAGGAGGCCAUAGAGAGGGAAAAGGACAGGUAAGAAAGUGCGGAGGGAGGCCAAGAAUUAACGUGUCUCUCUCUGUCAUGUGUGUAAUGUGUGCUGCAGGUUGGCGGAGAGCACCGAGUGUGACAUCUGCAUGGCCGAGAAGAAGUCCAUCGUGCUCGUGCCAUGCCGUCACUUCUGUUUGUGCGGCACGUGCGCUGAUGCGUUGAUGCGCCGGCCCCUCGACCAGCGGCUCUGCCCUCGAUGCCGGCAGAAAAUCACGGCCACCAAACGUGUGUAUAUCUAAGCUGGUCAGCGUCACUCAGCUGUGGUGACCGCUGAUAGCCUUUUGCCAUGUGGAUAGACACUGCGCGUGCAUGUCAGCAUGUCUGCAGUCAGGCACUGCUGGACUGAGCUCUCUCUCUAUGUGUGUAUGCGAUGUCUGUCGGCCGGUUGGUCGGAACGGUGUCUCUGUAUGGGUGCACAACAGCUGCACACGACCUUCCUAUUCUGCCAUGCACGAGUUUUUGUCUUAUGUGCGUCUAUUUGACUGGAGAUACAUAGCUCAAUGUCAGUUACGUGUACGUCAGCAAGAUGUCUCUGCAUGGCGAGGGGGGCAGGGAGGUGUUCGGCUUCGAGGAAUGGACUGAGAGGCUGUUGCAGCAGAUGGGAGACACGGCCACGAAAAUGUUUGAGGGCGAAAAAGGAGAGUAAAGUGUUGAAGUGCUUGUAAUGUGUUGGAGCUAUGGAGACAAAUACACAGAGUGAAAGUUCCAACAGAGAGGCGCGGCCUCGAAUCCACU